CACGCACACAAACAUGGCGGACAGUGUUUUGGAUAUAACCUGAAAUUAUGUAAUUUGAUAAGAUUAUAAGGCAGACACUGAUGACUAAUGCUGCUGAAUCCGGACUGAGAAUUACAGGGAAUCAUUUAUUCAAACUAUCAAGAGCAACAAAACCAAGAACUGAAAGCCAUCAAGAAACUGUUUAAUGAACAGCAUUGAAUAGAACCCUCGGCUUCAGAAAAUAUGAUUAUUAAAACAUUACAUGUUUGGAUGUUUAAAGAUAUUCCUGUGUUGAUAAAUUGACCUCAAAUUAUGAAUCUAAAGUAAUACAUGCUACAUAUGGCGAAUGUUGCGGUUAGAGGAGCAAAUUCAUAGCAAGAUUAAAUUUAGUCAAUUUACCAAUUCUUUUCGUUUCCAUUUAUUUAUAGUGAUAACAAUGCGUUGAAACAAAAUGAGCUCAGAAUCUGAUGACGAAGACAGAAGCAAUUUUUUUCAACUCCGAACAUUUUUUGAAAAUGACUGCACGAAGUUUUUGAGAAAUGUUUUAGACAGCUAUUUUUCAAAUUGUGCAAACCUUUCAGAAAAAAUUCCAAGAGAAGCAUAUGCCACUGAAAAUCUAAAUGGAAUUAUUUCAGACAAAAAUGAAAAACUUAUAAAAAGAGACGAUGCAAGUUUCAAAAGGUUUAGUUUUGAAUUGCUUUGUAUCAUAUUUCAAACUGGUGUCUGUGAUGAAUUUUGUGGCCACCCUCUAUGUGGGUGGCAAACGAUGGAGAAAAACUUCAUAUCAAAUCCCAAAAACUCAGGCGAUGAUAUUUUACAAAUUAUGCAAAUUUGGUGCCAAUACAUUGCAAACAAUGAAGAGGAAGAAAUUACUAACAACGACAAUGAAAUGAUAUGGAAUAUUUUGUACGAUGUGGCUUGCCGUUUGAGUAAUACUUUUUCAACAAUUGGAAAACGAUUUCUAAAGAAAAUAGAAAAGGAGACCAGUGGUAGAAUAACUGUCAACAACCAGAUUGGCUCGAACAACUCAAUAAAGCACAUUUCCUCAGAAAAUGAAGCCGAGACGAUUGUCUGCAAUCAGAUGGGACAAGAAAACAAAUUCUCCUCCCGGAAUAAAAUUCAACGAGCCCCUAAAUCUUUCGUCUGCACCCAAGUAGGAGAAACCAAUAAAAUAAUUAUUGAAUUGGAUGACCAAACUAGAAGCACAAAGAUCCUAAGUAUAGAAGGGAAAGGAGAAUUGAGGCUAACAUUGCACAGUUCAGACCCAAGAUUUAAAGAAAUUGCGGGCAGGAUUGAACAACUAUCAAUAAAAGAGCUAAACGAGGACGAGUUUUUACGAGAAAACUCAAUACAGGUGGUAUCUACUCAAAGCGCUUGUCUCAUUGUUGACGUAAGAAUCAAGGGGCCAAACGUUGAUAUACCACUGAGCAUGGAGCGCUUGGUAGAAUGUCUUAUGAGGCGUUGCAACGCAUUUCAAGUCUUAAGUGACAACAACGUGGAUGAACUGAAGAUAUAUGGAUAUUAUUAUCAACCUGGGGACUAUGUAGACACAACGGAUUUGAGGCUAAACUUCUCUCUGUUUAGUCAUGUGACAUUGAAGUUGAAUAAGACAAUCGUAGACGUGGAUGUGUUUGUGUCAGAUUCUCUGAAGAAGUUGAUAGAAGACAGUUUUCAAACAGAUGUUGAUGAAAAUAUUCGCAUGCAGAUUAAAGGAGAGAUUGUUGAUCCGAAAAACCUCGACUUUACAGACAUUCAAAAAACUCUCAUCGACCAUGAGGACUUUUUGAAAUCAAUGAAUGUAUCACUGGCAACAGAUUGUCAGCUACAAAUUGUAGACAUACAACGGCGAAAAUCAACAACACAUGUCAUUCUAAAGACUGCAGGAUGUUUUACAUAUGGUCGCCUUCUUGAGAAAAAGGGGCUAGUAAUGGUUCUAUUGAGAAAAAUAUUCCAGCUACAGAGUGUGGCCGAAAUCUUGUCAAAAGUUCUAUUUUUAAGAACUGGCGUAUUAAUUAAUACAUCAUUGGACGAAGACUUUGACAAAUCUGAAAAAGGCAUCGUAUUCUACUUGAGUCCUGGAUCGAAGGUUACAGAGGCCAUAGAGAACAACAGAUUCCCAGAGCUUGUCCAAGCAUUGUUAGGUGAAAAGAACACGAAAGAACAACUUAAAAUCAAAGCAGUUCUGAAAUAUGACAAUGGUCGAAAUAAUAGUGACAGUGAUCCUGCAAUAGAUAUAACAGAAGAAUACGAAAGGCCAACACCUGAAGAGAGCAUCAGGCAUACCAUUGAACUCGCAAGAAGUAAUCUGCAGUCCGGAAAUUUAUUGGAAGCUAAGGCGCUUGCACGAAGUGUCUUUUGCAAUCUGACUAAUGAUAACCUUGACGCUUUUCAUGAAUUGGAGGAUAUAUUUAAAGAGUGUGCUGAUAAUUUUUAUGCGUUGAAGUGUUUUUGCAAAGUUCGUUUACUUGAAAAUGAAUACCGGAACGAUUUGUUCUCAUUGAUAAGCUCUAUGACCUACUGGAUGUGUGUAAUUAAUGGUCCAUAUGAAAUACAGGAUAUCAGGAUUUUAUUCAAGGAAAUCGAAGACAUGGUCGUUGGUUACACGGAUAUUGAUGAAUACAAAAACAUAGCUUAUGGAAUUUUCUUCGAGCUGUUAUUGUCUUAUAGGGAACUUGAACAUGUAUUUCCAGGGGACAAGGCAAAUAUUUGGAAUAGAGUAAAGAUAGUGGAAUAUUAUCGUAGCAAACUUUUAUAUGAAAAAGAUCUAUGCAGUGAAAUAUGCGACAACUACAAGCAAUUAGAUAGAGAAGGUCACGAGCUAGAUAUAGACAAUUUAUAUAUGUGGGCCAAAUCCUUGAAGCAUCUGGGAAAGACUGAUGUGGCCUUGAAGAAAAUAGAAGAGGCGAUUCAAUUAGACAGUUCUGACAGAAAAACAAGUAUAACUACAAGGACGAAGUGCAGUCGAGAAGACAUAAAACAAUUGAGAGAAAGCUUACUUUUCGAAAUGAAUCAAAUUCCGGAACAAACCAGUUUAGAUACUGAAUGGUUGGCUGGAACAAACAUAACUCUUCUACAACAUAUGAAAGAGAGGGCACAGCGGGUUAAGGAACAACAUGUGAAGAAGUUUCACCGCAGACCUAAGAAGAGGGAAAGCAUUGUUGAAAGAACGUUGACGCCAGAAAUAGAUCCUUCAGAAUAUAAAAGAUGGAAAGAUGUUCAAGAAAAUGCUUCGGAUGUCCCAAGGAGGACAUUCCCACAAAAAUAUCAAACUAAAGAAAGACAAGAGAAAGCAAAUGAUUUCAAUGUUGAAAUAGUGGAGAGGCAAAAGAGUGAGUCUGAUUCAGGACAAGAAUCGUGUAGCGAAAGCGAGGAGCCUCAAAGAAAGCCAUUUACUUAUGAAGCACCGGAAUACCGGCAUUUUGAAACUGAAUCAGAAUCUUUCAGCGAUAGCGGCUUUGACACAUUUGAUGAAGAGUCUCAAAUUGAAUAUCCCGAGAGUACUAGUGUUACGAAAACACUAAGUAACAGCGAACUUGUAGUAUCUGGAAUAACUCUCACUGACAGAUGUGAAGCCAGUUUACACCAAAAGCACAAGUUUGAAACAUUCAAAUAUCAAGAAUUCUUAUCCAAAGAAGAACUUAUUAUUUGCCUACAGACUAACAAAAACAGGUACAAAAGGUGCACAAUUGAAAUUGAAUCUGCCCAUAAAGCAGUUUGUACUAACCUGAAUGUAGCCGAUGAGGUAAAAGAAAUAAUUAUUUCUGGGCGGUCAAAAUGUGGAAAAGUCUUCACAGAUGACGAAGUAGUGGUAGAAAUACUUGGCGAGUCUAAGGCACAAAAAAACUACAUUCCUAGACUAAAACUAGAUUUGGCAAAAGAGACCAAAGAUAACAACAUUUAUGGAAAAAUUAUCGGAAGAUUGAAAAAAAAUAGAUAUGAAGAUCUUCAACACCCGGUAUUCAUAUGUGCAAGGGACGAAUUUUCUGAACACUCAAUGAGACCAUUGUGUAAAACAGUACCAAAGAUUAAUAUAUCCCAUACAAAUUGUAAACAUAAAUACCAAGUUGAUUUGUUCUCAUAUGAUGCAGAAAGAAAUGUUGUUGAAUAUCGAGAAACGUUGACGAUAGAUCAGGCUCACAAAAAUGCGUACUGUUUCUUAGUUGCAAUGAUAUACUGGGAGAAUAUGUAUCCCUUUGGACUUAUAUUAAAAGUUAUAAACACAAAAGGUGAUGUAAAGUCGGGACUUGGGAUUCUUCGACUACAAUAUCGUGUACCAUGUCAAUACAGUAAAGAAGCUACAGAUGCAGCUAAGUUAAUUUUGCAACAAAAACAUCAAAUAGAUACCCGAAAUAAAAAUGUAAUACAAAGUUUCACAAUUUGCGAAGGAAAACAAGGUGCCCUUGAAGCGGCGUAUAGUACGACAUUAUUAGAAUCAGGUUUGUAUCGCGUAGGAAUACAUAUUGUAGAUCCAACAUCCGUUAUCAAAAAGGGAGAUGCUAUCGAUAAAGAGGCGGAAAAAAGAGGAACUGAUUUUUAUGUUAAUAAAGACGUACCGCCAGUGUACAUGGUACCAGAGCGUAUUAGUAAUGAAUUAUUCAACAUGGAGGUGGGCAAAGUGAGAGAAACGCUGACGGUUUUCUUUGAUGUUCCAAUCGAUCUCAGUAGUGGUUCAUUACCAGAAAAUUUUGAAAUCGAGGGGAUAGUAAGAAGACAACUAAUCAAAAUUGAGAAACUAUAUAACUUUUCUGAUGUACAAAUUCUUUUAAAGACCAAGAGGAAAAAGAGUGAAAUAACUAUUUUGCAUGUUGUCUCUAAACACCUUCGAAAAGAGCGUGUGAAAAAUGCAUCUUUUUUCACAGACAUAAAUGAAAUGUUUCCUUACGAGAAAAAUAACUUCAUUGAUUGCCUGGACGCGUUUGUACUAGUGAAAGAGCUACAUAUUUUUGCUAAUCGAACUGUAGCCUGUUUUCUUUUCAACAAAUACCCAAAAUGUGUUCCAUGCAAAGUUCACCCUCGUCCUCCUGCAAAUGUGUUUCAAAAAUGGAAGGAAUCCAAUGAAAAACAUUUGGAUAACAUAUUAUUUCAGUUGCAAGAUUGUGAAUUAGGUCCUGGUGCAGUUUGCUCUGCCUUUAAUUGCAAUCCAAACAAUCUCAGAUACCGACACUUAAUUCCAAUUCAAAAUAAUGUGUGGGAAGCUAUGCAAGAAUCCGCUAAAUCAAAACAGUUUGACACGUUACAGCUUGUUAUGGGCGCCGAUGAGGUGCACCCGAUGCAAGCCCUCGGUCUAGAAAAUUGGAUCGAAUUACAAGAAAAAAGCGAAUUCAAAUGUUCGUCACCUAGAGGUGAUCACAAUCAUUUUGAUUUACGUGUUGCCAUCUUCACUUACUUUACUGCUCCGCUUAGUCGUUUCAUUGACCUUGUUGUGCAUAGAUUUAUACACGCUGCACUUGAUAAUGAAACAGAACCUCCGUACACUGAAGACGAAAUCCAAAGAAUAUGCGAAAAAAUGAAUCAGGCGAAUCGGAUCAGAAAGCAGUUUCGCAAAAGCUGUCUAGUUUUCUUGUUUGCCCAUUCUUUGCAUAGUUAUCCGCGUGUUUUCAAUGGUUUCAUUCAAAAUGUCACCAACAAUGACGUUGAGUUAGUUUUUCCAACGUUAAGAAAGUUACCAAGGAUGAGUAAGAUACUGCCAUUGAAUUUAUUGAAAUCCAAACACAAUCCGGAAUUUGAAAAAGAAAUUGAUUUUGAUCGAUUUUUUAUGACUCUUAAAUGGAAAAACCGUAUUUAUUCACUGAAAAGAAUCACAAAAAAAUCACCAAAAGAGUGCUACCUCAGAAUUGAUCCAAACCAAAACGUUCGAUUUCACCAGCUUAAGAAGUGGGUGAAAAUCAUUCAGGCACUUUUCAGUAAUAAAACUAAAAAUAUACAUUCAUUGAUGUGUACUAUUGAUGAUCCCUGUUCAAACCAGCAAGUACGGGCGUGUUGGGAUACUGUCAAUGACGUUAGUUCCGAAGUGCGUGGUGGAACCUUUGCGCAACAAACAUGUAGCUACAGUCUGUCCUUUAUCUAUGGCCAACUUCUUCAUAUUCAGAUGUGUGCUGAUGCACAAAGGGGGAUGCUGACUCCAAUGCCUCAGCUUUUGGAUAUUACCCCUAAUGUGAAGAUUUGUAUGCAACAUACAAGGGACCCACUUGGAAUUCUGACUUCAACGGCCACAAAACCGGCUAAGGAAAAGUACACUUCGCUAAAACAGUACAUUGACACCUGGAUGCCAAUUUUUUCAAUGGAGGUUGCUACUCAAACAGUGGAUGGUGAUUCGCUUACGAUCAACGAUUUGCCGGUUACUUUCCGUACUGAUGGAGGCGCCUUUUCUCUGAAACAUUCAUUUCUUGAAAAACGUGACAUAGAGUUUACAUCUCACUCUGUUGAUCUAUUAGAUAUCGACGAUGACGAGAAGGACGACACUAAAGAAGAAAAUAAACGAUUUUAUAUGUCAGGGUCUGAUUUUCUAUGUAUAAGAUGUCCUUUGGAGCCUUUGAAUGAUAUAGUGUCAAAUUUUGGCAAAGGUGCAAUUUCACCUUUAAAAAGAUAUUGGAUAGGACAUGCUAAAGUGCAUGAUGUAAAAUAUAAAACAAAGAAGAACGAAAAGGUUGUCAGUGUGGCGUUUGUGUGCCACAACAAGAGUCCUCCCAUACCGGUUGAAAUGCUCAAUAAAAAGAAGGAAUGUAGCGUUGAAAUUUUACCGAAGUCGGAUGUUUGUAGGAGAAUUGAGUUGUAUGUGAAGUGGUUAGAAAGUGCCUCAGACCUCGCUAAAGCAAUCGCAUUGCGAAAGACGACACCAGCACUUGAUAAAAUACAUUUGGAUUUGGGCGGUAAAAUUCGAUCUCCAUCAAAAGUCUUGGAAUCUGAAAUCGGCUAUAAUGACAAUCAGACCAAAGCCAUAAAAAAGGCUCUAAUGUCAAGUUUUUCCUUGAUUCAAGGUCCCCCAGGUACUGGGAAAACCUUGACAGGAGUAGCUCUAAUCAAACUAUUUUGCAUCAUCAAUCAACAGUACUUUGAAUCGAACAAAGGCAACAAACAUGUUGUUCUUUAUUGCGGCCCAUCCAACAAAUCCGUGGACUUAGUCACAGCAAACCUUAAGCACAACUGUGGAGCUUUGAAAAUCCUUCGAAUGUAUGGUGGAGCUUUGGAAUGUAAAGAUUAUCCAAUACCAGGCAAGGUAUUCUCAAUCACACGUGCUGACUCAACACCAGAUGAAUCUCUCAAGGAUGUUUCUUUGCAUCAAAUCAUCAGGAAACCGGGAAAUCAAUAUGCUGAAAAAUUAAAAGACUUUGAUAGAAAAUUUCAAAGCGAGGAAAAAAUAGAAUUCCGAGAAGUAAAAGAAUACAAAAAGUUUAUCGCCAAAGCUGUUCGGGAGGAAAUACCAAAAUACGAUGUUAUUCUUUGCACCACUAGUGUUGCGACAAGUUCGCGGUUGUUAAAUGCCAGUGGUCGGUCAAUAUAUCAGCUUUUGAUAGAUGAAGCUGGCAUGUGUACUGAACCUGAAAGUAUAGCGACAAUUGUAGCCACCCAAGCCAAGCAAGUAGUUUUGAUUGGCGACCAUAAACAACUCCAACCAGUUGUACUGUGUCAGGAAGCUGAAAAUCUUGGACUCCAGAGAUCGUUAUUUGAACGUUAUGCCGAAUCUGAUUUAUCUGAUAAGGUUUUAACACUUCUGACCAAUCAGUACAGAAUGCAUCCGAGUCUUUGUCGGUUUCCGUCCUUCGCAUUUUAUGAAAAACAGCUGGUGACCAAGAAAUCGCCAAAAUUUGAAGUCCUUGAGCCACUGAGUAUAUGGCGCGAUAACAAAAACCCGUUGAUUUUUUGUCAUACAGAAGGGGAAGAGGAAUACCUAGCCAACAUUUCAGAAGAAGGGAACGUAAUGUCCAAAUUCAACACAGCCGAAAUCGAUCAAGUGGAAAAAGUGUAUGUAUGUUUGGUAAAAAAGGAAGGAGUACUUCCCGAAAAUAUCAAUAUCAUGUCCCAAUAUAACGCACAGUGUAGUAAAAUUAAGGACAGACUGAAGAAGCACCAUGUUCAACAUGUCAACACAGUUGUAGGAAGUCAAGGCGGCGAAUGGGAUUACGUGAUUUUUAGCCUCGUCAGAUCGUUGCCCGAGUAUAGAAUUGAGCCCAAUCCUACUGACGGUUGGCGCAAGGAAAACCUGGGCUUCAUUAACGAUGAUCACCAGAUAAAUGUUGCUCUGACUAGAGCUAGGAAAGGGCUUGUAAUCAUAGGAAAUAAAAGACUAAUGAAGUGCAAUGACAUCUUUAACAAACUGUUGGAGGAUUAUGGGAGACAUGGAUGCUUAGACGAUGCUGAAAAUUUCCCUCCUGUGCAGAAAAGGAGAAAAUAACUGAAAAUUUGCACUGUUAAAUGCCAUAAAAAAAUUACAGGCUGUGAAGACGAUAUUUAGUUAAACCAUUUAGUUUCUCUUAAAUAACUUAUUAGUCUGUUAGAGGUUCUUAGUGGUAUAGGAGAGUUGAGUAUAUGCUUAAUAAAGAGACCAUUUUAAAGUAUUUUUACAACAAAUUAAAAUUUCUAAGUCUUUAAAACUUGUUAGUUACAACUGAUGUGAAGUUAAAUUGAUUUAAAGUUAGUUUAUGAUGUCCGUUUGUUGAUUGUGAAUAUUUAUGCAUGUUAAGUAUGUUCAGAGAUGAUAAUGUAAAUUGACAAGUAGUUGUUACUAAGUAAAAUAUGUACUUUCAAGCACCCAGAAAUUAUUUACAUCAAAUUUUGACAAUCUAUUCAUUGAUGUGUUUGUUUCAUUGCAUAAGACACAUUACAUGUAAAGGUCAUAUAUAUUGAUUUUUACUCUUAUUUAUUACGAAGAAUGGGUCUGUUUUAAGUAGCAUGAAAAUACCGUUGUUUACAAACUUCAUUUGUGUAUUACUUUUAAUUGCUGUGUGUAAAACAGGCUAUAUGCAGAAUGAGAAUUAUGCUCCAUAAAUUUAAUGUUAUGAAAAGAUGUUUUGGAUGGUGUCUGUUUCGUAAGCGAUUGGUUUGUGCAUUGUUAAGUGAUUCUGACUGGAAAUCGUAAAUCUUCGAUGUACAAAUCAGUAUAACUGAAAUUGUUAUUUUAACCACAAUAAUGUUUUUUAUCGUACGAUAAUUAAUUUGUAUUUUUCUUCUCGGUAAUAAUAAAAUAUACAUAAUAUA